UCCGGGUUUGUGUGGCUGGUGGGCGGGUGCUCCCGCAGCCCGGGAAAAGUGGGAAAUGGCGUCGCCGCGCGCGUCCUCCCGGCCCGCCCUCCACUCCAAGGGGCUGAUGGCUGCGGACAGGGGGCGCAGGAUGUCUCGGACAUGUGGCAUGCAUCCCGACCAUCAGGAGGCCCUCAAAAAGAACCGAGUAGUGCUGGCCAAACAGCUGUUGCUGAGUGAGCUGUUAGAACACCUCCUCGAGAAAGACAUUAUCACCUUGGAAAUGAGGGAGCUCAUUCAGGCCAAAGUGGGCAGUUUCAGCCAGAAUGUGGAGCUGCUCAACUUACUACCCAAGAGGGGACCCCAGGCUUUUGAGGUCUUCUGUGUAGCCCUGAGGGAGACUAAACAGGGCCACCUAGAGGAUCUGCUACUGGCCACUGUCUCUGACCUUCAGCACAUACUCCCACCAGUCCGGAGCCCCAAAAAUCUGAGCUGUGACUAUGAUGUGAGCUUCCCUUUCCCCGUGUGUGAGUCCUGUUCCCCUCACAAGCGGCUUCACCUGUCUCCAGGUGCUGUGACACAUGCCCUGGACAAUGGGGAUGGUCCUCCCAGCCUGCAUGUGAAGCCUUGCAGUCCUGAGUUUUAUCAAACGCACUAUCAGCUGGCCUAUAGACUGCAGUCUCAGCCUCGGGGCUUGGCACUGGUGCUGAGCAAUGUGCUCUUCACGGGGGAAAAAGAUCUGGAAUUCCGCUCUGGAGGGGAUGUGGAUCACAGCACUCUCAUCACCCUCUUCAAGCUCUUGGGCUACACCGUCCAUGUUCUCCUUGACCAGACCGCACAGGAAAUGCAAGAGAAGCUACAGAACUUUGCCCGGUUGCCCGCUCACCGCCUCACCGACUCUUGCAUCGUGGCGCUCCUGUCUCAUGGCGUUGAGGGUGGUGUCUACGGAGUGGAUGGCAAACUGCUCCAGCUGCAUGAGGUUUUCCGACUCUUUGACAACGCCAACUGCCCGAGCCUCCAGAACAAGCCGAAAAUGUUCUUCAUUCAGGCCUGCCGUGGAGAUGAGACAGACCGUGGGGUUGACCAGCAGGACGGAAAGAACCAGGCAGUGUCCCCCGAGUGCGAAGAGAGGGAUGCUGGGAAAGAGGGGAUGCUGAAGGUGCGCCUGCCCACACGCUCCGACAUGAUCUGUGGCUAUGCCUGUCUCAAAGGGACAGCUGCCAUGCGGAACACCAAACGGGGUUCCUGGUAUGUGGAGGCCCUCAAGCAGGUCUUCUCGGAGAGAGCCUGUGACAUGCACGUUGCUGACAUGCUGGUGCAGGUGAAUGCACUUAUCAAGGAGCGUGAAGGCUACGCCCCUGGCACGGAGUUCCACCGGUGCAAGGAGAUGUCUGAGUACUGCAGCACCCUGUGCCAACAUCUAUACCUGUUUCCAGGACACCCCCCAACGUGAGGACUCGCACAUGGAUAGAGAGCCUUGACAUCGCCUUCCGCCUUUGGAUGCUGGUGUCUGGCCUCCCUUCAGGGACUGGAUAGACAGCACUGUCCCCGGAAGCUCUCCCUGAAGCUCAGCUUAGGCUGGACUUCCCUCCCAGGGUGCUGGGCACCUGGCAGGUGAUUUGGCGGACCAGUCUCUUUAUGCUGAGGGGAUACCUGGGCUUCCUGGAUGUCUCAGGUCUUCUUUAGGUGGCUCUUGGGUGAUUGCUUUGUUACACAAGUUAAGCUGUCUCAGAGGCCGUCUUCCAUUUCUGUCCUGCCUUAUUGUCCCAGAGAGUUUGGAGGUUGCCCUAAUGCCACACAGCCGUUUUCCACUUCCCAUCUGGAGGGUUCCAGUUAGCAGGACUGCAGCAAGCUUUGUUGUGUGGGAAAAAUCUGUGUCUCCCUGGGUGCUACCAGGCCACCUGGGAGGACAGUCUUCUCAAAGCCACUUUGGAUUUGCAGUGAUUCAGCCUUUCAGCAGAGUUUAAAGUUUGCUGCAUGUCCAGUAUUUGAAAGCCACUGAUCUCCACCUAGGAAGAUUCCAAGGACCAUUGGAUCCCGAUCCUUCUCUGGGCUUUGUUGCUGAAUUAAGCCUGGCACAGGGUUUGGGCAGAGGCAGCUAAGUGCAGUGAUUUUACUACUUUGAUCUGCCACCUUUUCUUUCUUCCUAAGACAAAUGUCUCUAGCAAAGUUUCCUCCAUACCACCUCCUCAUUUGUGUUUCUUCUACCUACUUUUUAUCUCAUUUACUGUCCACCACCAGAUCUACUAAAAUGCUACUGAAUUGGCUCUUUUCGCAAUUCUGAAGAGUAAUGAAAGGCAUCUCCUGCUUUCUCCUGCAGUGUUAAGUAGCCCAUGGUUUUACAGGGCCUAAUUCUCUUCCAUCGGGGAACACAUUGAUUGGUGUGUAGGAUGUUUGUUUUACCCUUGUAGUCUUAUUUGUACGGCCAGAGAUGUUCCCUUUAGGUCUUUUUUAACUUCAUUCUUUCCCACACCAGUCAGAAAUUUGACUUUGGAAGGCUUUUUAGAAGGUUUUAGUUUUAGAACUAGUUUCAAAACUAUCUUGUUUAGAUAAUCACAGAAUGAUCAUCUCCGAGUUCCACUCCUGCCAGCUCUUGGUCUAUUUGUCACUUUUAUUAUUCAACUCAUAGUUUAAAUGUUGCCUUGUGGAGGCUUUUUUAGGCUAUUUGAGAAGACGGACUGUCUUCUUUGUAUUGUUACUAUGCCCUGUUUGUUUUCUUUCUUUGCAGUUAUCACAGCUUGUGGUUACUUGUCUGCUUGCUUUGUUUCUCUUUUCCUACUACGGUGGUAAGGCCCCAUAAGAGCCGAAAUCUUUUUUGGUCCACCAACCUAACCCAUGCACAGAGUAGGUCAUCAACGCAUGCCUUUUACAUAAAGUAAGAGAGAAUGGAACCGGUCUGAGUCUUCCCUCUGACAGAACUUUCCUUUUGACAACACACACUGAUUAGUAUUUGUGCUGUUUCUGUGUGUCCUGUUUUAUCCACUGAUAUUAUUAGCUCCUGGAGACGAAGUGUCACAUGGGAGAAGGCUCCGCACAGCUCCCACGGUGCCUGACAUUCUGCUCGACCUAUCCUAGUCCAGGUGCUUGAUAAUAUGUGCUCUGUGAGCCAGGGGGUUGGGAGACUCAUUUCAAGUCCCACCCUGGGAUCAGUUUCAUAUUUGGGUGAUAAAACCUUUCCGCUUCCCACUGCCAGGAUUGGGUAUCACCAUCUGGUGCCAAAUAAAUGUUCAUAUUUA